UUUAAGUAGGUGUAUUCUCAGCCCCAGGUCCUAGGCGGUAGGGCCUCCCUCCCACCCUCCUCCUCUAACCUAAUUAAGAGUCCACAGACUCACAGCAAACACACAAGGGCUGAGGGAAGUGCCUGGUGAGUAAAGUGCGAGUUUUCGGUGAAGAGGCUCAGUGAGGAGAUUACGCCACUGUUGAAGAGGGUGAGACAUGACUGCCAAGCUGAUUCAGUGUGCUGCAUGCAUGAUGUGGGAGGUCAGGGACACUGAUGAUGUUUCUGGCUCCUAUAGCUGUGGUAAGUGUGUACACAUUCAGCUUCUGAAGGAGGUUGUUGCAACACUGAAGAAAGAACUAGAAGACCUCAGGCUCAUCCGAGAGAAUGAGAAUUUUCUGGACAGGACCUUCAGCAAGGUCACGAUACCGAGGAUACCUGAAGAGAGAAGGGGAAUAUCGAUGACAAAGGAAGACGUGAAUGAAGUACAAGAGACCCCAGGGGAAGCACCUAUUGUAAACAGGCUGACUGUCUUGGAAACUGCCAAGACAGACAACACUGCCAGUCCGCGAGGUGGACAGGUCUGCAAGUCAAAAAUUGUUGUAGAGGCAGAGCCGAGAAGUCAGACAUCACGGAGAGGUGUGGUAAUAGGGGACUCCACUGUGAGAGGGACUGACAGGGGUUUCUGCGGCAACAGGCGAGAUUUGAGGAUGGUGUGUUGCCUUCCUGGUGCCAGGAUUCAGGACGUCACUGAUAGAGUGCAGAGAAUCCUCGAGGGUGAAGGUGAAGAUCCAGAGGUGCUGGUGCAUGUCGGCACAAAUGACUUUGGGAAGAAAAGGAGGAGCAUUCUACAGCGGGACUUCAGAGAACUCGGAAGAAGGCUGAAAAGCAGGACUUCCAGGGUGGUUAUCUCUGGUUUCCUUCCAGUUCCUCGGGUUGGAGAGGGCAGGAACAGAGAGAUAAUGGACCUGAACGUGUGGCUGAGGGACUGGUGUCGGAAGCAAGGAUUUAAAUUCUUGGAUCACUGGGAUCCUUGGUUUUCUAUCUUUCUUUCCGAUGAGACCUGUGAGGAGGCAUAUGGAAGACACCUCAUUCAAAGACGUCUGCAGGAGAAGUGAGCCUAUAGUGCCCAAAAAAUGCUGAGGAAAGGGGAACUGUGGUGAACUUAGCAGAUGAAGAUGGAGGAGGUCAUCCUGGCCCUGACCAAUCAACAAGAAGAUGGUAGAGGAGAGAUUGGUGUGUGUGUGUGUGUGUGUGUGUGUAUGCAUGGCAUAAUGGAUGAAGAUUACCACAUCUGUGUCAUUUGUCAUAUGUUUCAUGCCUGCCCUUUCUUGGUAUUGGUCUUCAUUGUUGAAUUGUUGAGUUACAUUCAUCCACCUUAAUCCUUCAGUA